UUGAUCAAACUGAUCCAACCUUCUAGGGUUUCAUAGUUCCCAUCAUCAAAAAUCCAUUUUCCUUCCAUCUCUCUCUCUCUCUCUCCUGCUCUCUCUAACCUGAGCUCUAUUAACAUUUAUCUCCAUCCCCAUCUUGUCCUUUCUCUCAGUAAUUCAGCUAUUGGAAUUUCAAAAAGGAAUCUUGCAAUUGAACAAUCUUGUGCAAAGGUGCCUACUUUCAGCGUUUUGUAUUUGUAAGUAUCGACUUCUAAUCUCGUUUUAUCCAUAAUUGAGCUCGAGUUCUCCUUGAAGACGCUUCGAAAAUUGAGGCUUUGAUAUUCGUUCUCUACCGGGUACAUGUUUGCUUUUGUUACUAUAAUUGAAUAGUUAGAAUUGUGUGUUGUGAGAAAAGAGUCUGCAAAUUAUAUGGGGAAAUCUGGAGGGAGGAAAAAGAAGGGUGGGUUUAACCAGGUGCCAACUGAUUCUGUUAGUUCGUCUACACCAAAUGCUAAUGGUGUGGUUGACUUGGACUCUUCAAUCUUUCUGAAAAGAGCUCAUGAGCUCAAAGAAGAAGGAAACAAGAGGUUUCAGAACAAGGACUAUGUGGGUGCUCUUGAGCAGUAUGAUAAUGCUCUUAGGCUUACCCCCAAAACCCACCCGGAUAGAGCUGUGUUUCACAGCAAUAGGGCUGCUUGUUUGAUGCAAAUGAAACCUAUUGAUUAUGACACUGUUAUUAGUGAGUGUGAGGUAAAGGGAGACGAAAGUGGAUCUCAUUCAUCCCUUGUGGAGUCUGUAUUAGAAACUGAAAAUGCAGAGAUUAAUAAGCCAGAUAGAAAAGUUCAAAAUGAAAAAUCAGGGACUCCAGAAGAUCCAGAGUGCAAGGAAGUGGAGAUGGAUGAUUGGCUGUUUGAAUUUGCUCAGCUUUUCCGCACCCAUGUGGGUAUUGAUCCAGAUGCUCACAUUGACUUGCAUGAGCUCGGGAUGGAGCACUGUUCAGAGGCGCUUGAGGAGACAGUUACAAGUGAAGAAGCUCAGAACCUUUUUGACAAGGCAGCUUCAAAGUUCCAGGAGGUGGCUGCUUUGGCUUUUUUCAACUGGGGAAAUGUUCAUAUGUGUGCUGCAAGGAAACGGAUUCCCUUGGAUGAGUCUGCUGGUAAAGAUGUAGUGGCAGCGCAGCUUCAGGUCGCUUAUGACUGGGUUAAAGAAAAAUACUCCUUAGCCAGAGAAAAGUAUGAGCAGGCACUCCUGAUCAAGCCUGACUUUUAUGAGGGUUUGCUGGCUCUAGGGCAGCAGCAAUUUGAAAUGGCCAAGCUUCAUUGGUCUUUUGCACUUGCUAAGAAGAUUGAUCUCUCAGGGUGGGAUCCAACAGAGACACUUCAACUUUUUGCCAGUGCAGAAGAGAAGAUGAAAGCUGCAACAGAGAUGUGGGAAAAGCUAGAGCAGCAAAGAAUAAAUGAUCUUAAAGAUCCAAAUGCGAAGAAAGAAGAGUCAUUGAAGAGAAGGAAGAAACAAGGAAAUGCUGCUGAAGGUGAGUCUUCUGGAACUGGUGGUGGUCAGGGUGAGAUUUCACCUGAUGAAGCAGCAGAACAAGCAGCCGUAAUGAGAUCUCAAAUACAUCUCUUCUGGGGUAAUAUGCUUUUUGAACAAUCCCAAGUUGAAUGCAAAUUGGGGCUGGAUGGGUGGGAGAAAAACCUUGAUGGUGCAGUUGAACGCUUCAAGCUUGCUGGAGCUUCUGAGGGUGAUAUCUCAAUGGUUCUGAAAAAUCAUUGCUCUAAAGAAACUGCAGCAAAAGGGGAUAAGCAAAAAGUCGAGAAUUUGAAUGUUAAUGUAGCUGUUGAAGCAGGUAUCAAAGAUGAGGUUAAUCAAGAUUAGCGAGUUAAAUGGCAGUACUUUUGUUGUGGAUGUAAUCUAGAAAUUUUGUGCUGAAAUGAAGACAACAAUUGUGGAAACUCUAUUCUGGAAGUGGAGAUUUGGGUUCCGACAUUAUGCAGCGGUUUACUCAAAAAGAUUUUGAAUUAAUUCUAAGGUCUGUGUCAACCUUCAAGGUGACAAUCUUUUUACACAUUGUUUGGAAUAUGAUGACUUUUAAUUUUCAAGAGCUUAGGUUCUUAUUUUUGGCUUUAA